AAACUUAUAAUAAUUUCGUGAGGAUCAGCUGGUGCUGAAGUGUCAAGAAUAAGGUAACCUCUCAGUAGUGACAGAACGAAGGAUUUCAAAGAGAUUAUUUCAAACCCGUUAAUUUUGGGAUAGCGUGCGUUCCUUUAGGUUUCAUCACAACUUCCAUAGUAGUUGUGGGACCAAGAUCAAGAGAGACAAUGUCUACCCAAUUGGGUGGGGUCACCUCCCACCUGGGGUAACUUGUAGACAAUAACCUAUCUUAGAGGUACCUGCUCAUUACGGCAACUCACCUGAUGAUGCAGCACUAAGGAGAUACCAUAUAGUGAUUGCACCUAUUCAGAAUGGUGAAGUUGUUUGCAGUUAGUGUUUUGUACAAAGGUACAGAGAGUGCUCAUCUUCUCAAAGCAGCUUAUGAUCUACAACAGUUUGGAUUUUUUCAGCGUGGAUCAGUGCAAGAAUUCAUGACUUUUACAAGCAAGAUUAUCACAGAAAGGUGUAAUGCUUGUUCACGGCAGUCUGUUAAAGAACAAGAAUAUAUGUGUCAUGUUUACGUGCGCUCGGACAACCUAGCAGGAGUUGUGAUUUCUGAUCAUGAAUAUCAGUAUCGAGUAGCACACAAUAUGAUAAAUAAGGUUUUAGAUGAUUUCACUGCUAAAGUUCCAUCACAUUUAUGGCCAACAACAGAUGAAGGUAAUAUCCCUUAUGCGGAGUUACCGGUUACUCUGGCAAGAUGGCAGAAUCCAAGAGAAGCAGAUUCUCUCACACGUGUUCAAGAGGAGGUAGAAGAAACAAAAAUCAUAUUGCACAAUACUAUUGAGGCUGUGUUGGAACGGGGAGAGAAAUUAGAUGACUUAGUUAGUAAGUCAGAAAUGCUAAGUAUGCAGUCUAAAACUUUCUAUAAGACUGCUCGUAAAACAAAUUCAUGUUGCACCUUUGGAUAACAGGUCGUACAAUAUGUGUUUUGGAAUGGACCUGAAUAUACUGUAAAAUUAGCUGAAAGGGAAAAAGUAUCAUCGUCUUGUAUUUGCCUAUGGUAUAUAAUACAAAGAAAUCUCCAUAAAUAAUGAAGAAUUUGUGUUGGCCCUUGUGAAUAAGGUAGUUUUUUAUGUGUAGUACUGAAAAGCCCAAGUGUUAUGAUUUUUGUAAUUACCUCAUUUGCAUAAGAAAAAAAUUAAGUGUAAAGUAGAUAUAUUAAUUUUACAUAUCAGCAUAACACGAGACUUGUUAAAAUUAGGGCUACAGUGAGCUAUUUUGACUCUGACCUUGAAAAAUAUUUUCCUCUAUUAGGAGUCAUCUCAGAAUUGUUUUAUUAACAGGACAUGAUAAGGCAAAAACAUUAAAAUUUUUAUGAACAAAAUUGUUAAUACAGCUCCAUUUAAUCUGUAUCUGUUUUAGAAGUCGGUCUGUUAAUUUGUAAGUAGGUAUAUUUAUUAUCAUCAGUCUGAAGGAGUUGAUAUUAGUAUUGGUGGGAUGAAUUAAGAUGCAUUUAGUACAGAGAGCAAGUUAGACACUUAAAAAAUGUUUGGAGACACAGCUUGAUGGCCAAUUAAUUUGUGGUAUGGUAUAUGGUACUGUUUCCAGGUGAAAAUAUUUUCUAUUUUUUGACGUUUUUGAAUAAUUUCUUGUGAUUGCAUCUUAUUUUUAAGUUUUGUUAUUUAUAUACUGCACAUGUGAAUUGCAAGUUGUAAUAGGGGUAAAUUUUUCAGAGGAAAAUAGCAAUCAUUAUCUUUAGCAUUUAAGAAUUCAAGGCCCCAAAACAGUUACAGUUGUAUCCAAAAGUUACAGAGAUUGAGGAAGCUGAAAUUGAAAUCCUGUAACUUAGGCUAGUGUUCAUACUUGAAAAAGUCUAUACAUAAUUAGUCUAAAAUGCUUGAUGACAAAUAUUUUUUGCUUAUUGAUGUAUACACAUUAAAUGUCUUAACAAGUAUUUGCAUAUUUUAAGAAGUGCUUAUGCACUUCCUGAAAUGUAAGAGAGGCCAUGCGGAGACAUUUUAAAAUAUGCAUCAUACAUACUAUUUCAGUAUGUUUUUUUAAAUAUUUUCUUUGGAAGUAAAUUGUUCAAUAGUAUUUACAAAGUACCAUACCUCACAGAAAAACCACUGAAUAUUUAAUUUUUCAAAGUUUUUUUCAUAUUUUUAUGGAUGAAAACACUGAUGGACAAGAGUAACCAAACCUCUUCAUAUUGGUUCAUGGAAACUGAUAAUAUAAAGCAUGGAAGAGUCUUGUCGGCUCAUAUGCAGUAGUCACAGUAUUUUUCUUAGCCUUAUAAGAUUAAAAUUUGGAGAAAAAGUUUCAGCCAUGUACAGGAAGUGAAUUUCCUGUGCAUUACUGUAGAAAUAAAUGCAACAUAUUGGUGGUAUGCAUUCUUUAAGGUGCUAAUCAUUCAUACCUACUGUUUGUUCUUUAAAAUGUUAUUUAGAAAGUGUGGUUCCAUUUUAUAUACCUUGUUUAUGAACUCAACAGAUAUGAGAAGUGAAUUGGUAUCCUAAUUCUAACUUGAAAAUACAGAUAUAUUACUAUAUUGACUUCCACUAUUUGAGAAAAGAAAUUACCCAAAAACGAUAAGUACGUACUCUUUAUUUUGAAAGCCACAUAUUUCACCCACAUUUUUGUUCAAUAGUAGGAGCUUAUUAAUGAUUUGCAUAUCUAAAGCUAGUCAUUUGAUAAGCAAGAUGUUAAAAUGUAUAUUUUUAUGUAUUAUAAAACAAUUUCAUUAAUGUUGGCAGUGGCAGGUCAUUUCAUUUUACUGGCUUUCCAUUUUGUGUUGUUUAAAUGCCCCUUUAUAUGUCUUAUAUCCUAUUUGAAGGUAAUCAUUCCAACCAUUUGUAUACAUACUACACUGCUUUCCUGAAGUCCCAGAUGUGACUCUAUUAGGUAAAGUCACACCAUGCUUUUUUUUUUCUUUUGAUUAAGUUAAAACUGGUCAGUGUUAGAGAAACUUUCCUUGUGUAUUGUGGAAUUAUGAAGUCAGAUCUAACCGAAUGACCUCAACAGGGCUUCCAAAUUAGAGAACAUUAUUUUAAUUUUGUUUAUUCUGCUCUUGAUAUGUACUGUUUAUUACUUUUUGGAAAUGAAUUAAUUUAACAUGCUGUUUUGUGUUUUCCCCUUGUUAUGUGUUUAGAAAAUUUUUGAAUUACUGAAGAUUUCAAUUUUACUCCAGACCCUGUUAUUAUCGGUUAGAUUUUUGUUGUCUCUCACUGUUCUCUGCUUUUUAGGAUAGUAUGUUUGAAAUGGAACAAAAAUUCUGUCAUAUUUUUAGGAUACUCAUGGGAAUAUCAUUAUUUUGAAUGGUUGAUUACUUUGCUAGCUUAGCAGUCAGCCACACAUUUUUGUACUUGUUAUCCAUGACUGAGUAUUAUGUAAAUUCUAAAUUGUAGAGCGGAAUGUGGUCAUUUAGUACUAUAUGUUGAUAUGCUCAAAAACUUCUUUGAUAUUUUAAGUGCAAUGAUUCGUCAAGGUGUUCUUUAUUUUAUAGAACUGGCAUCCUUGUUGAAAUUUGUUUUUUUCUUUCUGGUUUCCAUACAGUAUGCAUGUUAAUCGGUGGUUAUAAAGAUGCCUUUUAUGUUCAUCCCUCUUAAUUUUAUUUGUACUUUUUUCAUCUUUAUUAAGUGACAGAAAAAUAGCUUUUAUAAUUGUCUUCUCAGUAUCUGUUUGCAUGGAAGGACUAUAGUAUAUAUAUACAUCUUCCUUUAAAUAAUUAAUUUCUUUAUAAUUGUCUUUUCACAAAAAUGAAAGAAUUUUUUCCCCCAGAAAACUAAAUUACCCUUUGUUUGUGUAUGGCAUCUUAACACCCCCAGUCUUUUUAGGUUAUUGUACCAAAAUACUUUCCAAAAGUUGUCAUGGUACUUAUAAUUCUGUGGUCAAGAAGACUAUAAGUCUUGAACUGUGUCAGUUGAACAUUGUAUUGCAUUAUUGCUAUUAUUUUACAGUAUGCUUGACACAUCCCUUGUCAAAGCUGGCUUUAAUAUCUAUUCAAGCUAGUAAGAUUUUGUUUUAUUAAGCAUAUGCUAUUUUUGAAUAAAUUGCAUGAGAA